AUGGCAGUCAGUAUGUUUUCUCUUUCGUUGCGCAGAGUACUGAUCCUUGCUUUAGUUGUAUGCUUCAAGCAUCGCGGUGGGUCACAUCAGUUGUUUGGUGAGAAAUUUGUUUUCAGCGACAAGACAGCGUAUCAUUUCUUGAGCAAAACCAAUUCUAGACCUGAGAAAUAUGAUCCAGUGUAUAUCAACAUGGUUGUCAGACAUGGUUCAAGAUAUCCUUCAAAAUACCGGGUAGUAAGGAUGGGCACAAUUUUUAAACGGUUAAAUGCAUUCUUUCCUGUGAAUAAAACGGACAAUACGACAUUCCGUUACAAAGGACUUUCACUUCCUUGGAGCAUCCCUGCAGAUGUUAAAAAUUCCGCGAGUAAAGAACUUUCCAGAUUAGGCGCUCAAGAGAUGUACUGGAUAGCGAAGCGCAUACGCGCAAAGUUCCCUGAGCUAUUCAAGCAUGGUUAUUCUAAUACUAAGUACAGUUUUAUAGCCACAGAUAAGUUAAGAUCUAGCCAGAGUGCGGUUGCAUUUGCGCAAGGUAUUUUUGAGCAACAAGGUCCUGUUGGACUCGCAAAAUAUCAGCCAAUAGCCGUUAGGUUCUCGGGUCCUGCUGAUCAAGACCGGGUUCUACGUAUUUAUGAAGCUUGUCCUAAGUGGAAGAAAGUACACGCAAAAUUAUCUGACUCUGAAUACGCAAAGUUCAUUCGAGGUCCGCAAGUGCGAAAUGUGACUGAGAAUAUUUGCAGCAGAUUAAAUCUGAAGAAUAAAGCAAAACUUACCCCUAAAAUUGUUGUCGAAAUGUUUCUAAUGUGCGCAUUUGGUACUCAGACAGAUAGCAAUGAUGUCAGUCUGUGUUCGUUAUUUGAAGACGAAGAUUUAAAAGUUCUGGAGUACCUAAAUGAUCUGAAAAUCUACUGGAGUUACAGCUAUGGACGGAAAAUUAAUUACAGAAUGGCAUGCCCACUUUAUAUGAAAAUAACGGAAGGUUUUCAACAGUAUAUUCGCAAUGGCAAACCUUAUGGUGUGUUUCAGUUUGCUCACACAGGAACAGUUCUUCCUCUUCUCACUUUGCUGGGAUUGUAUAAGGACAACCUAGCGUUACGCGCUGACAACUUUGAUAAGCAAACCAAUCGAACAUUUCGUCCUUCAAAUAUUGUUCCAAUGUCGGCAAAUGUCGCAUUUGUUCUGUAUGAACGCACGAGCAAGAACACGAAUCAUUCACAAAACGGAGGCAUGAGACCAAAACGUAAAGUAUCCAGAAUGGUGAUCCAAGUGCUAGUAAAUGAAGUUGCUGUCGACUUACCCGCAUGCCAGGGCAAGACAUAUUGUCGUCUCAAGAAAUUCCUUGAUUAUUAUUCUUACAUCAGAAAGACAUGUAAUAUCAACAGGAUUUGUGGCCGACUUCGCGGAAAUUGCCGGAAACCCAGCAGAAAAGGAAAACGCUGA